CUUUCCGUCGCAGCCACCGUCUCCAGCUCAAAGUACGCUGGUCAGAAACUCAAAGGGAUGUUUAAUGCGCUGAAAUAAGAGUUAGAUCUGGCGCUCCUCUCCUCAUGGCAGAGGUCUACUAUGUCGGAGUGGACGUGGGCACUGCCAGUGUGAGGGCUGCACUGGUGAGCAGGGCCGGCCUGUUGAACAGCACUGCAGAGGAGCCCAUCAGCAUCUGGGAGCCCCAGGCUGACCACUACGUCCAGUCCUCCUCUGAGAUCUGGGAGAAAUGCUGCACAGUUGUAAAGAGAGUUACACAAAGUGUGGAGAGGAGUCAGGUACGAGGGAUUGGCUUUGAUGCCACUUGCUCUCUUGUGGUUUUGGACCAAAGCUUCCAGCCUGUGCCAGUCAGUCAGGAUGGUGACAGACAGAGGAACGUGGUGAUGUGGAUGGACCAUCGUGCAGAAGAGCAGGCCGCUCGUAUAACAAACACUGGCCACGGGGUCUUGAGCCGGGUGGGAGGGGUCAUGUCACCAGAGAUGCAACCCCCUAAGCUGCUCUGGCUCAAAGAGAAUCUAAAAGAAAGCUGCUGGAAAGAAGCUGCUCACUUUUUCGACCUUCCAGACUUCCUGUCUUGGAAGGCAACAGGGUCUUUGACACGCUCUUUAUGUACUCUGGUGUGUAAGUGGACCUAUUGCCCUCCAGAAGGAUGGGAUGCCAGUUUUUGGACCAGCAUUGGACUGGAGGAUCUCCUGGAAAAUGACUUUUCCAAAAUAGGCAGUGUGAGCUGUCCUCCAGGGAGCCCGUUAGGAGACGGCCUCACCCAGGAGGCAGCAGCAGAUUUGGGACUGGACCCAGGAACUGCAGUUGGUGCUUCUCUUAUUGAUGCUCACGCUGGAGGCCUUGGUGUGAUCGGUGCAGAUGUUAAAGACUUUCACUUGCCCUGUGAGGACCAGCCAAUCACCUCACGCAUGGCGAUGAUCUGUGGUACGUCAACCUGUCACAUGGCGAUCAGUGAGCAGCCUCUGUUUGUGCCAGGCGUGUGGGGGCCCUGCCUGUCUGCCAUGGUGCCUGGCGUGUGGCUCAACGAGGGCGGACAGAGCGCGACAGGAAGGCUGAUUGACCACAUGGUGAAGGGCCACGCUGCAUACACCCAGCUCCGGGAACAGGCACGGCAGAGAUCAGAGAACAUCUACAGCUACCUGAACAGCCACUUGAGUUCAAUGGCAGACUCCCAUUCUGCUGCUGACCUGUUGGCCUCCGGUCUGCACGUGUGGCCAGACUUCCAUGGGAACAGGUCUCCCCUGGCUGACCCCACCUUGAAGGGCAUGGUGACCGGACUGUCCCUGUCCCAAACCUUGGACGACUUGGCCCUGCUCUAUUUAGCCACUAUACAAGCCCUCGCUCUUGGUACGCUUCAUAUUCUGGAGGCCAUGAAAGAAGCAGGACAUGACAUCAGAACCCUUUUCCUGUGUGGUGGUUUGAGCAAAAAUUCCCUGUUUGUGCAGAUUCACGCCAACGCUACAGGUUUGCCUGUGGUGUUGCCUGACCAGAUGGAGGCUGUGUUAAUAGGAGCAGCAGUCCUGGGUGCAUGUGCAUCACAUGACUACAGCAGUAUACAGGAGGCAAUGGAGAAAAUGGCUAAAGUGGGGAAAGUUGUUCAGCCUGACAAUGAACUCCAGAGCUUCUAUGAGAGAAAGUACAAGGUGUUCCAGCGACUGUUCGCCCACCAGAGGGAGUACCAGGCCAUCAUGAACCAGAGAUGACACCACCGGUGGGAGGCGGCUGAGCUGGAACUGACUCUCUCUGAUGUAAUAGUGAUGACAAAUCCUCAUACUGGAAACAAGAACACACGUCUUAACCUUGCUGCUUGUCCUGAUGUUAUUAAUGGUCCCCACCUGAAGGAAAACCACUCCCCGAGGGGUUGAAUAUCUGUCAGUGGUUUAGUUAGCAAUGAAUGUAUGACCGGUGGCACAGUUUAGACUUCAGGAUUUCAAACCACCUGGCAGAUGACAGUAACAGAGACCGCCCUGUAGACAAGCUGUAGAGCUUUUCUGUCUUUUAGACCCACUGCUGCUGUUUUAGCUAAAAUGAAGAGCAGGAUGCAGCAGUGAAUGUGGGGACACCAUUGACUUCCUCCACCCAGAGUCAAAUACCAUCAAGUUCUGUCACCUUCAAAUGUAUUCCUAAUAAAUAAUUAAAAUAA